GUACAUACUACGUAUUACACAUUCUAUAUUAGUGGGAAAAGGGGCAAACAACCUCUUCAAGUUGGCACCAAAGGGCAUCUAAGCCCUUCAACUAUUUUUGUGUGCAAAAAGCUUCAAAAUUAGUGAAAGGAGGGAAAUCACUCCCUUAUUAACGGUGAAGCAGUUAACGCAAGUUGUCCCUUUGGUUAUUAAAAGUGUUAAGGAAAUAAUUAAAUAGCAGAUAUCUUCUUCCCUUGUAUAUCCUUGUAUAAUUAUGUAUAUUAUUUCCUUUCCUUCUAUUCAUGUAACUCUUGUACUACUUAUACUGUAAGGAUCCUAUGGAAUUGACAUAGUGAAUAAAAUACUUUUCAUACAUGGUAUCAGCCUUUCUCACCGAUCCCCUUCUUUAGCCGCUCAUCUUCUCGUUCUGGGCAAUACGAACUGGUCUCCUUCGUUCUUGCUCUCUCUUCACCAUGGCUGUCCCUGCUGAUUCUGUCCCAAUAGCCACCAUGGUACACAUGGUUACCAUCAAACUCUCCUCUACCAAUUUCUUGCUAUGGAAAAGUCAAGUUUUUCCCAUGCUCACAGCCUUUGAUCUCCUCGGCUACGUCAACGGCACCAUAUCUGCACCUUCUCCAACCAUCACCACUGAUUCUGUUGAACGCCCAAAUCCGGCCUAUACAGCUUGGCAAACCACAGAUCAAAAGAUUUUGGGUGUCCUGUUCUCCACCCUAACAGAGGAGUCAAUGGUUGAAGUGGUUGGUUGUACCACCUCUCGGGCUGCCUGGCUUGCGUUAGAAAAUACCUUCGCUCCAGCUUCCUCCUCUCGUGCUAAUCACCUUCGCGAUGAACUUAUGUCCCUCCGCCGCGGCUCGAUGACGGUGGCCGACUAUGGCCGCAAAUUCCAAAAUUUGUGCAACAAUCUUGCUGAAAUUGGCCGCCCUGUGGAUGAAUCGGACAAGAGCAACUGGUUUCUUCGAGGGUUGGGCCCUCAAUUCACACAUUUUGCUGACAAUCGAAUGUCUCGUGAUCCGAUUCCAUCGCUUCGUGACUUGGUCAAUCAGGCCCAGCAGUAUGAUCUGUUUAUUCGCACUAUGGAAGGAACUCCUCCACCCUCUGCUGCAUUUUAUGCUCACGAUAGACAUCCCUCUCGUUCAGGUCAGCAGUCUCGACAAAGGGGGACCUCUGCAGGUCGCGGCUACAGGGACGCUUCUUCCGGUCACCAGCCGUCCACUCACCCCGGCGGACGUGCACGCUCUAGCUCCGGCUCCAACCCAUCUCGCAGGCCGUAUACUCCCCGCUGCCAAAUCUGUCAGGGACAACACUAUGCCGACAAAUGCCCCCAAUAUCUUCAGGCAUGUGGAACUGUCCCCUCCCAGCCCUCUGCCCAACUCGCUGAGGCAUUUCAGGCAUCCUGCAACUUGUCUGAACCUGUCUCGGAUUGGUAUGUGGAUACCGGAGCCUCAGCCCAUAUGACUUCCCACACAUCGGCUCUAGAUCAGUUUGAACCUUAUUCUGGAAAUGGUAAGGUCAUUGUGGGAAAUGGAUCAGCACCGGGGGACAAAAGCAGUACUAGCUCAAGGCAGGUGUGAACAAGGUUUAUACGUUUUGGAACGCAGCAGUCCAGCUUUACUUGCACGUUUACAUACUAGUCUAAUAAAAGCCUCUUUUGAUUUAUGGCAUUUACGUUUGGGGCAUGUCCCAUUUCGUAUAAUUUCUCUCUUGCAAAAUAAAGGACAUUUAUCUGUUACUUCCCUUUUACCAAAUCCUGGACUAUGCAGUUCCUGUCAAUUAGCUAAAAGUAAACGGGUUCCCUUUCCUUUAAAUGAAAAACGGGCAUCCAAUGUCCUUG